GCAUAUAUCUGUUCUCUCUACAGGGAAUAAUGACUGUCCUCAACCUAUGAACUGUGCUGAAGGCUGGGAGUAUUAUGGGGGGAAGUGCUAUUACUUCUCCCCUGAUAAACUGAUCUGGGCUCAGAGUCGGGAUGAGUGUAUCAAGGGGGGACACCUUGUCAUCAUAGGGAGCCUAGAGGAGCAGACAUUCUUAGAUCAGAAAAUUGGUACACAAAUAAGGACGGAUCCUGAAGACAAGUUCUGGAUUGGGCUGACGGACAGUAUAAACGAGAAUGAGUGGUUAUGGGUGGACAAUUCAUCUCUAAGCACAAGCUUCUGGCUUGGUGACCGGGAGCCAGAUGACUGGAAAGGAGAGAACCCCGACGGUGAAGACUGUGCUAGAAUGGGGGAACCGGAUGGUACUAAUGACGGCAAGAGUUGGUUGGAUGUCAACUGUAAUAAGACUCAAAGAAGAAUAUGUGAGACAAAAUCCCCCUUGUGAAACAGUAUCUUUAAGAAACUCAAAAGUUCCUUUUAAAUAUGUCUCUGAACAACCCCAAAGUAUUUUUUGCUGGCAUUGAUAAAAAGGAGGAGAAACUGUAUUAUGACUGGUUUACAGGAGAUUACUGCAGAUAUUCACAUCUUUCUUUUUUUGUACAUACAUUUUUAUGCAUUUUAUGCUAUGGUGUAAAACAAACCAAAUCCCCAACUGAGUCUAAUGAAAAACUUGUCAGAUACAUUCAGUUCACGCCUCUUCACUUCUCAGUAGGCUACAGGUGUUGGAUCUUAAUUUGCAGAGUAUUGUUGUUGCAAUAAGAUUUGAACUUUAGUCCUUCAAUCAUGUCAUAUGUUGCUUGAUUGGUGGUUAAGCUGUUACCUGGCCAAAUGUAGGCUACAUGAAAAGUGCAAUAUUGUUAAGUGUGUGUGUUAGUGUGGGUUUUCAAUUAAUUUUUGUAAAUCAUGAAACAUAUCUCCAUUUUGCAGUGCAGGAAAAUUCUCAGCAACAAGAGUGAUAAAAUUAAGAUCCUACACCUGUACAUCAUCCUCAGUGUGUUUUGUACAUGUAUAUUUCUGCUUAACAGUGCUGUCUCUAGGCUAGUCAUUUGAGAGAAAAAAUAUUGUGUGUGUGUCUAUCCAAACCAUUGAAUUAAUAAAGUAAAAUUAGUUUUU